AAUGCCUUCUCGGACAGACUUCUCGACUUCGGCUUCAAUAUAUUCUCGAGUCUGGUUGUCAAUAUGAUGCACAAAUUUGAACUGGGUGUAUGGAAAGCAGUUUUUACACACUUGAUGCAUAUCCCAUUCACUGUUGGUGGUGAUGCUAUCCAGCAGUUGAAUCAGAGGUUGUCUACUGUUCAUUUCCAAGAGAAUAUAAUAUGCUAA